CGCCUCCUCCUCCGCCUGCAGAGCAACAGACUGAGCGGCCUCCGCAAUGUCAGCUCCGCAGCAGCGGGGAACCUGCAGAGACAAGGCAGGGCGGGCGUAGUGCGGGGGCAGCCUCCCCCCCGUGCCAGGACAAGGUAAACGGAGGGAAGGGGGAAGGACGCCUUGGGCUGCGAUCGGGGAUUCCCUACCCCCCUCACCCGCCUUCUCGCUGUAUGACUCCGUCAGCCCCAACCAGCCCCGUCGGCACACGCAGCGCCCCGAGCCUGGCUGGAGCGGAUUCCACAACAAAGAGCCGGGGCCAGGAGCUGCCCAGCUGCCGCCGCUGAGAGGGAAACGGGGAGGCCGAGGGGGCUACUCGGGAGUCGAACAGACCCCACCGCUCGCAGGGGAAACCUGCAGCCGACAGACUCGAGAGCGACGUUCACGCACCAGCUGGAGGAGGAGGGAAAUCUGGUACCUCAGCAGGUCCAAGGCUAGCGAGGCGAGGCGAAGCGAGGCGAGGGAAGGGAAGGGAGGGGGCGCGGGGAAGAGGCAGCGAAGGGUAAAUCCCGCGGGCAGAGCUCGUGGCGUGGCUCGAUAUUGACGCAGGUUAGUCGGGGAGCAGCCGGCCAUCUGCAGGAGAAGCACCUCUCCGGGGUGUGUGGAGGGGGUGGCCCCCCUGUCGAGGGGGGUUAUGGCCACAGCAGUGGAGCUCUGGUGACUCCGGGAGCAGCGCUAGUGCUGCAAUGCUGCCAGCAGCAGCCCCGGUGAAAGGAGGCGUCUGAGCAGAAGCAGCAUCGCCUGGCCCCAUCGUCUUUCUGUCUCUCCCGCCCUCCCCGCUCCCGGCUCAGACGUUUCUGUCGCCCUCGCUCACGCCGAGGAGCGCCCUGCUCUCUGCAGAGGGGCCACGCCGGGGCUCGCCAGGCAGCGGCUACAACCGAACCCGCCAAACACAACAUGGCCACUCUGCUCCGGAAAAUCGGGCUCAUCCGGCUGCACAACAGGGACACGGAGGAUCCCAAGCACCAUCACCACCACCGCAGCAGCAGCAGCAGCCAGCAGGGCUCAUCGAUCCGAGCCAAGGGCAGCCAGAAGAACAGCAGCAACAAGCAGCAGGGCAGCGCCGGCUGCAGCAGCGGCAGCAGCAGCAGCCCCAGCAAGGAGGGCAGCCCAGCGGGCAACAAGGCCAAGAAAGUGCUGGAGCUCUCCAAGCAGCCGCCGCAGCAGCCUGGUUCGGGGGGUCCCAAGGAGAAGCCCCCGCCCCACAGCGCCAGGGAGCCCGGUGCGGGUAAGGAGCCCAAGUCGCAGCUGCUGCCGGGGGGGAGCAGCAGCGGCCGGGCCGGCUCUGCCCAGCUGGUGCCGCCCCCGUCGGGCUCUGCCCCGUUGGCGCCCCUGGGCAGGCAGCAGCAUUGCACGCAGGUGCGGAGCCGGCGGCUGAUGAAGGAGCUGCAGGACAUCGCCCGGCUGAGCGACCGCUUCAUCUCGGUGGAGCUGGUGGACGAGAGCCUGUUCGACUGGAAUGUGAAGCUGCACCAGGUGGACAAGGACUCGGUGCUGUGGCAGGACAUGAAGGAGACCAACACCGAGUUCAUCCUGCUCAACCUCACCUUCCCCGACAACUUCCCCUUCUCGCCGCCCUUCAUGAGGGUGCUCAGCCCCCGCCUGGAGAACGGCUACGUGCUGGACGGCGGGGCUAUCUGUAUGGAGCUGCUCACCCCUCGCGGCUGGUCCAGCGCCUACACCGUGGAGGCGGUCAUGAGGCAGUUCGCAGCCAGCCUGGUGAAGGGUCAGGGCCGUAUCUGCAGAAAAGCUGGCAAAUCAAAAAAGUCCUUCAGUCGUAAGGAAGCUGAAGCAACGUUUAAGAGUUUAGUGAAGACCCAUGAAAAAUAUGGGUGGGUCACUCCUCCUGUCUCGGAUGGCUGAUAUUUGCAACCUGCACAUCAAUGCUAAACAAAAC